UUGACCGCUCGUGCGCGGCCCGUUCCAGGGAACAGCACGCAUGCGCCGCUUCUUUGCAUGGUGUGUGUCCUCGUUCUAGCUGCAGCGGCAGGGGCUGUGGCAGUCUUCCUAGUCCUGCGAUUAUGGAUAGUGCUUCAUUCCCAGGACGUUACGCCCCGGCGGUCUCUCAGUCUCUUGGUAGUAGCUGGGUCCGGUGGGCAUACCACCGAGAUCCUGAGGCUGCUUGGGAGCUUGUCCAGUGCCUACUCACCUAGACAUUAUGUCAUUGCUGACACUGAUGAAAUGAGCGCCAAUAAGAUAAAUUCUUUUGAACUAGAUCGGGCUGAUGGAGACCCUAGUAACAUGUCUACCACAUACUACAUUCACCGAAUUCCAAGAAGCCGUGAGGUUCGGCAGUCCUGGCUCUCCACAGUGCUCACCACCUUGCACGCCACGUGGCUCUCCUUCCCCCUGAUUCUCCGCGUGAAGCCAGAUCUGGUGUUGUGUAACGGACCAGGAACAUGUGUUCCUAUCUGUGUAUCUGCCCUUCUCCUUGGGAUACUAGGAAUAAAGAAAGUGAUCAUUGUCUAUGUUGAAAGCAUCUGCCGUGUAGAAACGUUAUCCUUGUCCGGAAAGAUUCUGUUUCAUCUCUCAGAUUACUUCAUUGUUCAGUGGCCGACUCUUAAGGAGAAGUAUCCCAAAUCUGUGUACCUCGGGCGAAUUGUUUGACAAAUGGCAAUUUACUUUAGAAUUUUGCAGUCAACAAUAAUAUUUACUAUAAUUGAAUUAAAAAACCCUACAUGUUUUUUGUAAAAGCUUCUGAAACUCCUGAGAAUUAUUGAUGAUGAGGAGUAAAAAAAUGUGCAAAUGACUCAGUGAAGAAAUGGAGGUUUCUCUUAUAAAACAAACAUUAAUAAACAGUAACCAUUAAAAGUUUAUGCCUCUGUAUACCAAAUUUCUUUUCUAGAUAAAAGUAUGUGUCACUGCC